GGAUCAAAAUUAGUACGUACUACGUAGUACUAUUUAAUUCCCAUUGUCAACAAACAGAGUCACAACAAUCCCUCUCUCUCUCUUUGGUGGAAAGUGGAAACUCAAAACCCUCAAUGGCGGCCAUGAAUGUGCGGAUCACAGACACGGAAUCGCAAGACGAACGCUACGACCUCUUCGAUGUUCACUUCUACACUGACACUAUCAAAACAACUGUCACUUCUCAUCCUCAAAUUAUCACUCAAUGGAUCAACGAAACCACCACCACCCACAGCAGCAGCAGCAGGCAGCUCAUGGUGGGACUAGACGUGGAAUGGCGUCCGAAUUUUCAACGCAACCAGCAAAACCCAGUGGCAACUCUCCAGAUCUGCGUAGACCGACGUUGCCUGAUAAUCCAGCUCAUUUACUGCAAAUCAAUUCCAGAGUCUCUUAUCGAUUUCAUUGGGAAUCGAGAGUAUAAAUUUGUUGGUGUGGGAAUUGAGAGCGAUGUCGAGAAGUUGCUGGAAGAUUACGACAUGAGUGUGAAGAAUGUGGUGGAUGUAAGAGGCAUUGCUGCGGAGAAGUAUGGUAUGAGGAGUUUGAAGAAUGGAGGGUUGAAGGAAUUGUGUAGUGUUGUGCUUGAGAAAGAGAUUGUGAAGCCGAAAAGUGUUACGAUGGGGAGAUGGGAUAGUGAGUGGUUGAGUUUGAAUCAGAUACAGUAUGCUUGUCUUGAUGCUUUUGUUUCUUUCGAAAUUGCUAGGCACUUGAAUGUCGGCGCCUCUGCUUCUGCUGCUCCCACUCCUGGGUGCUAGACCCCUUACUGCUCUGCAUAGAGCUCCAUUGCUUCAUUAUCCUACUCAUUUACUGCAAUUUCAUAAGUAGUUGUGAAUCUUUUGGAGGAUAACGAUAUUUGUGUUAGGAGUGUGGUGGAUGUAAGAAGCAUUGCUCCGGAGAAGUAUGGUAUGAAGAAUUUGAAGAAUGCUGAUGCUUUUGUAUCAGAAUUUGAAGAAUGCUGAUGCUUUUGUAUCUUUCAAAAUUGCUAGGCAUUUGAAUGUUGCUGCUUCUGUUCAUGUUGCUCCUGGGUGUUAAACGAUUAGGAAAAGAAGUUGAGUUAGAAAGUCGUAUGAUACACAAUCAAGAAAAGAAAUUAAGUUAGAAAGUCGUGUGAUAGGUGGUAACUAUCUUGUACGACUUGGGGUGGGGGAAUGAAGAUAUUUGGGUUCUUAUUAUUGGUGGAUUGUAGAGAGGAGAAAAAACACAAGAAUUUUAUGGGUGUAAGUCUUAGUUUAUGGUGUAAGUUUUAGUUUAAUGUUGUUAAAUGGUUUUAUUAUUAUGGUAGCUUCUUGCUCUUGGUUUUUGA